UUCGAAUAGCUCCGAACGCACAUUCGAAAUUCGUAGAGUAGCAUUCACUGAAUACACUCGUAACGUCAAAUCUUACCGUUUCGUACAAUUUUUCUACGACAACGUUAGACUAACGGACAAAAAUUAGAAGUAGUAAUAAAAAGAAAAUUUAAAAGGAGAAAAAUACGAAAGCUGUAAAAUGUACAAAGUUGUAACAACACGUCAGCAGUAUGCUAGUUUGUUGGAACUAAUAAAGGAGAAGCCAGAAAUUGCUCAGGGGUUCUCCAAAUGCUCGAAGGAAGAGGUAGCCGAGUUUUGGCAAAAUGUUGCGAAGCAGCUUAAUAGUAUAGGCCCACCAACCAAAGAUGUAUCAAGCUGGAAAAAGGUGUGGUUAGAUUGGAAGGCUUAUAUAAAGCGAAAAUUGUCAGAAAACAAGAGGGAGCAAACAACAACUGGCGGUGGCCGCUAUAAGCAGCACCACUUUAAUGAGAUGGAAGAAGAAGUAAUCAGACUGACCGCUUUAGAGACCAGCACACACGGUAUCCCAGGCACAGUAAGUGUGGGACUACCUGCUACUGUCGAGGCAGAGAAUAGUGGACCCGAUCCGGACGUAUCCAUGCUGUCGGAUAACUGCAGUCCUUCUUUCACGAGACGUGCACCAACUGUCCAAAAGCGAGUCGGUACAAGUACUGCAGAUCUUCUAAAAGAGCAGCUAGCGCUUCAAAAGGACUUCCAAGCAAAGAGUCUGCAGCAUUUUGAACAGCAAGAUAUGAAGCUAGACAAUCUCGCUUCGACUAUGCAGAGAAUGUGUUCGGCACUGGAAAAAAUGUGCGACCUGAAAGCCGCCGACCUGGAAGAAACGCGUAGGCACCAUAGAAAUAUGGAGUGCUUGAAUGCGGCCAAAAAUGAAAUAAAACAACAAAUGUUAGAAGUCGAGAAUAAGAGCCUCGAAGCGUUGUCAAAAAAAAUAAUAAUUCACAUUUUUUAUUGA